GCCAGCUGGGAUCAUAAGCAAGGUAUCUGAGGCAUUGGUCCGUCUCUGGCGCAUAGGGAGUUAAACUUCUGACCCAGCGGUUCCUCGGCCCAGACAGACAGCGGGAUCAUCGCAGUGCAUUCCUGCGCAGUUAUUAACUGCCAAUAUCUGAUUAGAACCAGAGCUAGCAGAGGUGUAACGUUACAGUUCUAACAUUGACAUAAGGACGGGAAACGGAGAAAGUCGACUGGACCCUGCAGUGUCAUCUUGUUUGUCGGCCGAGUAAAUCUCCAAUAACAUGUCGAGUCCGAGGAAAGCAAGCUAGCUGGAUGUGGGCGCUGUUGAGUGCGUGCGGCUGCUGAGACCGUGAGUUUCGGAGAACCCACCGUCCCCCCCCACCCCACCCCCCCGGACCAGCUCUGCUCCUGCGCCCCCCUUUCUUCCUGCUGCUCCCGCGAGGCUGGUCCCCCCUCCCGCCAUGUCAACAGAGGCGGAGUCCAACGUAAACAACCAGGCCGACCAGCCCCCUGUCAAGACCCCCUCCAAGAAAGAGAAAAAGAAAGGGCCGGAGAAGACCGAUGAAUACCUGCUGGCCAGGUUCAAAGGCGAUGGCGUGCGAUACAAGGCCAAGAUCAUCGGCGUGGACAACGUGCCCGCCGCCCGAGGCGACAAAAUGAGCCAGGACUCCAUGAUGAUGCUGAAGGGUAUGGCUGCAGCUAAUCGAUCCCAGGGAAAGCACAAACAGAGGAUAUGGGUCAACAUAUCUCUGUCCGGGAUCAGAAUUAUCGAUGAGAAAACGGGGGUAAUAGAACACGAGCACGCCGUGAACAAGAUCUCCUUCAUCGCACGCGACGUGACGGACAACCGAGCAUUCGGCUACGUGUGCGGCGCCGAGGGCCAGCACCAGUUCUUCGCCAUCAAGACGGCCCAACAGGCAGAGCCUCUGGUUAUUGACCUGAAGGAUCUCUUCCAGUUAAUUUUCAAUCUGAAGAAAAAGGAAACCGAAGGCACAAAGAAGGAUGAAACUAAUAAGGUGGUAGAGAAUGGCGGUGAUUCCUCACAGACUAUCGAAGGCCCAGUGGAUAAAUUAAAAGGUGUGGAGCAGCUGGACCUGUUUGGAGACAUGUCAACACCGCCUGACUUGCACUCUCCCUCAGAAACUAAAGACAUUCUACUGCUGGAUCUGUCCACGGAGAUCGACAACAACCAGAACUGUGUAAAAGGAAACCCCUUCUCCACUUCCUCUUCCUCUGUCUCCCGCCCCAGGCCACUGCCCAGUGCCUCGCCUGAAAACCCCUUCUCCUCCCAGCUCAGCUUCUUUCCCACCCCCAUCCCAGACCCCUUCAGCGACGACCCCUUUGCCAAAAACACCCAGCCGGCCCCGGAGGGCCCCGCCAAAUCCUACGGCUCGGCCGAGCCUAACGGCCGCCCCCUGAACGGCGACUCCGACUACUUCGCCCAGCAGUUCGACCAGAUAUCCAACCGGACCGCCAUGCAGGCACUGACCAACGGCCACUGGCCGUCGAACGGCGGGGUGGCGGGGGCGGAGACGGCCGCCUGGGCGCGGAACGGAAUCCCCGCGAAGGAGCGGAACGGCUCGCAUCACGGGCCCGCCCACAACCCCUUCGCGGAAGGUUCCGGCAAGAGCCGGCCUCUGCAGAACGGCGUGAAGCAGGAGCCGGCGGGGAGGCCGGGGCCGCCCGCGCCCCCCGCCAAGGAUUCGGUGGUCAUCAGCCCUCCCCCGCUCAACACGAAGGCCGGACGGGGACGAAGGAGUGUGAAGUCCCCUACCAACGAUCUCCUGGGAACAGACCUGUUCGCUUCUCCCAGCCAGGCUGAGUCUCCCUCCCCACCUCUGCAGGACCCUUCCCCUCUCAAACAAAUGGAUCUCUUCAGCAACGGCCUAGCCAACAGCGCCGCCCCCCUGGCAACUUUUGGAGCCUUACCAUUGGCUGCUCCUGCUGUCACAGCGACCGUCUCCUGGAUACAGCCGGCCCCCUCCGUGUUCUCUUCCUCGGCUGCUCUUCCGCAGGUCAUGGGGUCGGCCUCCCCGCCCACGGUGUUCGGCACCCCACCCGUCCCCGCCUGGGGCCAACCCUCGCCCACGUUCGGGGCCGCCCCCGUCCCUCCGCUCCCGUCCUGGGGCCAGGCACCCUCUCCGGCGCCCCCCGCGGUCUGGCCCCCGGCCCCGCCCGCUCCCAAGGCCAACCCCUUCCAGACCAGCGUGUUCCCAGCCACGCCUGCGACGGGAUCACCCAGCCCCCCUCCCCAGCCUCCGCCCCGACCCGCGCCCCAGAAGGAGCCCCCCCGGGUGGACAGCAACGCUUUCACCGACCUGGACCCCCUGGGCGAGCGGGAGCCGAAGGCCCGGGAGGACAUGUUCAAGGAUUUUCGGAUGGCCCGGCCGCCGGCCGUCCCGGCGCGGAAGGGCGAGCAGCCGGCCGGACUUGCCGUAAACGGGGGGUUCGCCGAGUACUUCUCCAGCAAAGUUGGGCUGUCCCAGCAGGACACAGCAGAGCAAAAUGGCUAUGACAUCACUCACAUAUCGCCCAAGAUCAAUGAUCUGCUGAAAUCUGUGCCCCAUCAGCUGGCCCCCACCACUGUGACCCCACCCCCAGCCAAAGCUCGCUAUGACAACCCUUUUGGUGCUGGUCUCUUUGCUGCCUCCUUUCCUGCGAUGCAGAGUGCUCCGGCCGUCCAGCCAGUUGGGUCAGGCCCCUUUGGAGCACCGCCUGGCAACCCCUUUGCCUGACCCGCCCCAAGCGGCCAGCGCCGUCAGCAUACAUGAAGGCCAUGCUGUUGCCAAGAGUUCAUCCACAGAGCACUUCCUGUUUCCUGGGCACUUCUUGGUUUCCCACCUCCGGGCGCUUUAGCCUGUUCCCGAUCUUCCUGAUAUUCCGUCCUCGGGUCGACCGCCGCAUCCGACCCGCCAUCGCCCUGAUCCUCGCCCCCUUCAGUCGCGAACGCCAGCGAAUAAGCCUCCGCUUCCAAUAUCUGGGAAGUGCGUCCGUCCCUUUUCAGCAGUCGCGCUGAGCCCAUUUAAAUAAAUAAAUACAUAAAUAUAAUUCUAUGUAAAUAUGAUUGUGGAGAUUGAAGAACAACAAAGCCAUCUGUUCUGGAAGGCAAUGCACACUGCAGUAUUAAAGAAGCAGACCCAUUCGGAAGUGGAUGUACAUUCCCGGAUGGGAUGGGUUGGGGGGGGUGCUAAUGAUAUUAAAAAGAAGAAAAAAAAAUAAAAAGUUGGCGUGUGCUGUGUGUGGUUUGCCCAGUACUCAUGUUACAAUCCUUCUUGUGCAUCGGCCUCUUGGUUUCGCCACACAGACCCUGCAGUUUACCAGAGACAAAUGUACUCUGCAGAAUGUUUCCUUCCUCCCCCCCAUCACAGCACUGACAGCCUUGUUCUGCCUGGAUGUCCUCACUUCCUGAAUGUAACAUAACUAAUGACAGAGUACGCCCAUCUGGUGCUCUCUUGGAGCCUUUACACUGCUGUAAGGAGAACCAGGUUCCUGUCUCUCUGUGAGCAAGGGCAGGUUUUGAAUUUUUUUUCUUCAUCAUUUCAGUGGUUCACAGCGCCAUCUUCUGGAACAUACAGGAUUUUGUGAAAUUGUGUCCCAUGGAAAAAAUUAUGGGAAGGAGGGGGGUAACCAAUUGACAUUUUAAAGCAAAUGGGGGGGGGGGGGGUAUACACUGUUCUUCACCAAAUUGUACUGCAGUUUUAUUUUCAAUAACGAAAGGGGAUUUUGGAGCACAGCAAAUGCCUCAAAGCGAGGAAUAUACAGCUGUUAUACAGGCUCUGUCCUGCAUCCUGAUAAUGACCGUCAGCCCCCUUUCCCCCAAUGAAAAGAAUAAUUACUCAUUCAUUUUUUCCUACUUUCCAUACUUAUAAUGCCAAACAUUUUAUUAAAUGUUCACACAGAUGUAGACAUGCAGUCCUUGUAGUCUGCGAUUUAAGAAACACUCAUUAUGCAUUAGAGGUGGCAUGAUUGCCUGUGGUGGAAUGAUUUUUGUUUUUUAAAUACUGUUUAAUAGUGGCAUUUACAUGCUGACCUGUCAGGUCAUCCCAAUACCUUGCUUAGCUGUAGAAAUGAAAUGUAAUAUUUAGGACAGUUGACUGGACAUCCACGCCAUUGACACAAUGUUUAAAUCAUUUUCUCUCAUCUGAGAGAAUCUCUUUUUUUUUCUUAGCUCAUGCUUAACUCCGACACAAGAGAAAAGAUAUACGUUUUUGUUAAAUCGCAAUAUCUAUCGCUUAUCCCCUAGUUUGUUGAUUGAACAUGAAAUCAGUAAUAUGUUGACGUACAGCAUGGCGUUAAUGAGACAUUUCUAUAUGUCAGAGUCCAGCCUGUAUUUAGGACAGUUAAAGAUCACACACAAUCUCUCAUACUGGAAAUUGAAGUAAACAUCUUAUUCGUCGAAACUUUGCGUGGAUGUGUGUGCCUGUUUAUGUGUAUAUAUUAUAUAAAUCCUGUUAUGCACUUCACCUUUAUCUUGGAUGUUGUGUAACUAAAGUGAAUUUAUUAUUUAGUCAUUGCAAUAAACUGGAAAUUUAGCUCCUUAGGCUCUAAAUAUUUCAUAUAACUUUGUAACAACUCUUUGUAUUCAAAAAAAUGUAAGACAUUCAGAUAUGCCUUAUAAUAAAGCAGUAACUGUCUAA